AUGGGGGGGUCAAAGCAGUCGUCAAACAAGGAGGUUUUGCGGGUGUGGGAAAUGCUGGACGCCAACGAUAGGGCUCGCAGGGCGUACAAGCGGGUUCUCGCUCGUCCAACCAUGCUAGAGGUUGCCAAGAACGUGAUUUGCAUCCUCCUCUGGCUGGAGACGACCAUGGGUGUCAAAGUCCUCCAACAAGUGUCGGUGAUGGAGAUGAGCAGAGACCCCAAGCUCAGUCUGCUCAUCAAGGAGGCAGAUGGCCUAUACAGCUACCUCCUUGAUGGGCAUGACGCGCUGCCGGAGCCCCUCGUCUGUAACAUCCCGACCAUCGUGUCCCUCUGCGGUGGAGGCAGGCUGGUCGACUUCAGAUUCUUCAAGUUCCACAAGGAGCUCGUCGCACGUGGUGUCGCCAUGAUUCGGGAGACCGUCGGGGCACUCGUAUUCAACGAAGACCUUCACGCGAUGUUGCGCCGUUUUGAAGACGAUGUUGACUCGAGUGUGACGACCCCUAAACCUGCGCCAGCUCCAGAGCUGACGGAGCUGUUCGUCCCCGUGUCGACGACGCCCCCCGAGGACUCGAGGACGGUGUUCCUUGCCUUCUCCGUGUCCAAGGGCGGCGAACCCCAUGGUAUAAGCUCAAAAGACAUCAUCGACCACUAUGAACGAGUUUUUGGGUUUCCGCGUCACAUCGAGCGCAUUGAAAUAGAGCAGCCAUGCACAGGCCAGGACUCGAAGCACGGCAUCAUUUUGUUCAAGAGCCCGGAGAACAGGAAGGAGGCCAUGUUCGAGGAGACCUCAGCAUUCUUUAGGAUCAAGUCGCAUGACAUUUGGAUGCAGUGCUACAUGCCUCCGUUCUAA